AGUUCAAAUCUUGCUUGCAUUAAGAUAAGAGUAGAAUGUUGCAGCAAAUUAAGCUCAUUGUGAUGGUCGAUAUUUUGAAUUCUGAUGUUUCCAUGGAGGUAUAUAUUUUGACUCACUCACUGGGAGAGCUGUAGAUUACCAUACUCCGCCUGUUAGUGGUACUACUACUGAACCUUGCUUGCACGUGUAAGUUGUAACUGAAUAUUAAGCCGCAGGAUAAAUAAGGACGAUGAUGAUAAGAAAGACAACAGAAGGCGGGACCCACGACAAACGUGAAAAGUCCAUCUGUUUCAACUUUCCGUAUUGUUUGUACACAUUCUUUCAUUCCCUAUCUCAUCAUCUCCAGUAGUUACUAGAGUGAGUUUUCUAUAAAACAGGGAAAGUUCUGAUCAUUACUGCAACUCUCAGAUUUCUUCUCUUUUCAAGUACAUAGACUGACAGCAACUAGAGAGACUCUUGAGAUAAUAAUAUGGCUGUCAUGUUAGUUCAGGAUCACAAUAAUUCUCUGCUAAGAUGGAUUAUGGUCAGUGUUGUGGCCUUUUUAUUGAUUGUGCUCCAUCUACCGCUUGGAGCUUAUGGUUCUAGCUGCAGUACUAGUACCAGCAGUGUCCUUGCUCGUCAACCUCAGGUUGCCAUAGUCCCACCGGAGCAAGUUGGUUUAUGUGCAUCUUCAGUUGCCAUACACGGCUAUAACUGCCAGGAAUUUGAGGUAAAAACAGAAGAUGGGUACGUUUUAAGCAUGCAAAGAAUUCCAGAAGGCCGUGUGGGAGGACGCGGAGGGAGAAAUAAGCAACCUGUCUUGCUACAACAUGGUGUCCUUGUUGAUGGAAUGACAUGGUUAUUGAAUUCACCUGAAGAGUCACUUGCUUUUAUUUUGGCUGAUAAUGGGUUUGACGUUUGGAUUGCUAAUACCAGAGGAACUAGAUUCAGCCGUGGUCAUGCCACACUCGAUUCUGCCUUAUCGCCUUACUGGAACUGGUCAUGGGAUGAGCUAGUAUCGUAUGAUCUACCAGCUGCCUUCGACUUUGUUUUCCGUCAAACUGGACAAAAGAUUAACUAUGUCGGCCAUUCCAUGGGAACAUUGGUCGCAUUGGCUUCAUUUUCACAAGAAGGGGGCAAGUUAGUUAGCAAGUUGAAAUCAGCUGCGUUGCUGAGCCCUGUUGCUUAUUUGAGUCAUAUGACCACUUCCAUAGGCGUCCUUGCUGCCAAAGCUUUCGUUGGAGAGUUAACUACAUGGUUUGGUAUGGCGGAAUUCAAUCCAAAAGGGGAGGCAGUAGGAAGUUUCCUUAAGUCGCUAUGUUCGAGUCCAGGCAUCGACUGCUACGACUUGCUGACGUCAUUUACAGGUAAAAACUGCUGCCUCAACGCCUCCACGGUCGAACUCUUCUUAAAGAACGAACCUCAGUCAACCGCAACUAGAAACAUGGUCCAUUUAUCUCAGACGGUUAGAGAUGGAGUCCUGUCGAAAUUCGACUUUGGAAACAUCAACUUAAACAUGCAUCAUUACGGACAAGCAAAACCUCCAGUGUACAACCUAAGUAAUGUGCCAAGCAACCUUCCACUGUUCAUAAGUUAUGGAGGUCAAGACGCGCUCUCGGAUGUUAAAGAUGUUGAAAUCUUACUAGACAGUCUUAAGUAUCACGACGGAGACAAACUCACGGUUCAAUUUGUGAAAGACUUUGCACACGCUGAUUUUGUCAUGGGAGUAUCCGCCAAAGAAAUCGUCUAUGAUGCUCUUGUAGCUUUCUUCAAACGUCAAUUAUGAAGAAGGAGCCAUCAAUAAUGUAUUCCAAUUCAAGGAAACGGUGUUAAUCUAUAUUAUGUACUACUAGACAUUAAUUCAC